GCAGAAAAAGGGGGAAAAAUGAGACAUCCCCUGUGCUUAGUCAUGGUCCUCGUCACUGGGUAGCUUCCCAUUCCAUUUUUCUGAUUCGAUUUUUUUGAGGGAGCAAGGUCGUCACUCGGUCCUCCUCUCGCUUUCUAUCUUCCUCUCCUCUGGAGUGUUUCUGCUUUCAAAAUUCAAUCACCGGCGCUCCCGUCCUUCUCAGGCACGCAGACGCAUGCGUACACGUUUUGAAGCGCACUUCAGACUCACACUGACAUUGACAUUCAUUCAUAUCCGUGGUUUUUGCGGGAACGUCAGGGUCCUGCUUUGAGAUCUGAUCUUGGUUUUCUCGUAAAUCAGAGUUUCUUCUUCUGAUUUGAUUACUAUUGAUGCAGUAAGUGCACUCUGCUUGUCCUUCUCGGCGCAAUCACAGCAUGGGUUUAGUGUUCACCAGAUUGUUUUCUUCCCUCUUCGGUAACAAGGAAGCUAGAAUCCUUGUUCUUGGCCUCGACAAUGCAGGAAAAACCACAAUUCUCUAUCGGCUUCAAAUGGGCGAAGUUGUCUCCACCAUACCAACAAUUGGGUUUAACGUUGAAACAGUGCAAUAUAACAACAUUAAGUUUCAAGUUUGGGAUUUAGGUGGGCAAACAAGUAUCAGGCCAUAUUGGAGGUGCUACUUUCCAAAUACUCAAGCAAUAAUCUAUGUUGUUGAUUCAAGUGACACUGACAGACUGGUGAUAGCUAAAGAAGAAUUUCAUGCAGUUCUUGAGGAGGAAGAACUAAAAGGUGCAGUUGUUCUCAUUUUUGCCAACAAACAGGACCUUCCCGGUGCCCUUGAUGCUGCUGCAGUGACUGAGGCUUUAGAAUUACACAAGAUCAAAAACCGCCAAUGGUCUAUUUUUAAAGCUUCUGCCAUAAAAGGUGAAGGGCUUUUUGAGGGCCUGGAUUGGUUGAGUAAUGCGCUCAAAUCUGGAGGUGGCUAAGCUUCAAAGAGUCUGAUGAACUUGGACUCGAGAAUUAA